AUGGGGCCCAAGGCAGCGCUGGUUCCCUUCCAGGGGGACGAGGUGCAGCGGGGCGCCGCCGGGCGGGACGUCGGCCAGGCUGCGGCGGAGCUCGAGGCGCGGCGGGGAGCGCUCGAAGCCAAGGAGCUGGCCCUGCAGCCGAGGGAUGACGUCGUCGACAGGCCGAAGAUGGAGGACACCUUAAAGAGAAGAUUCUUCUAUGAUCAGGCUUUUGCCACCUAUGGAGGUGUGAGUGGCCUGCAUGACUUUGGCCCUGUGGGCGGUGCCUUGAAGAACAACACCCUGCAGACGUGGAGGCAGCACUUCAUCCAGGAGGAGCAGAUCCUGGAGAUCGACUGCACCAUGCUGACCCCCGAGCCUGUUCUGAAGACAUCGGGGCACGUGGAUAAAUUCGCAGACUACAUGGUGAAGGAUGCCAAGACGGGGGAAUGUUUCCGCGCUGACCACCUCCUCAAAGCUCACUUAAAAAAGAUGACGUCAGAUGAAAAGUGCUCAGCAGAGAAGGCCGAUGAGAUGGAGGACGUGAUCACUCAGAUGGACAACUACGCUCAGCAGGAGCUGGCUGAUCUCUUCGUGAAGUACAACGUGAAGUCUCCCUCCACAGGAAAUGACCUCACACCGCCCACCUCCUUCAAUCUGAUGUUCCAGACGUCCAUUGGGCCAGGGGGGAACAUGGCAGGCUAUCUGAGGCCUGAGACGGCUCAGGGAAUGUUCCUCAACUUUAAGCGGCUGUUGGAAUUUAACCAAGGCAAGCUGCCCUUCGGUGCUGCUCAGAUCGGCAACUCUUUCAGAAAUGAAAUCUCUCCUCGCUCGGGCCUCAUCCGUGUCAGAGAGUUCACCAUGGCUGAGAUCGAGCACUUCAUUGACCCCGCUGAGAAGGUCCACCCUAAAUUCCCCAGCGUGGCCGACCUGGAGAUCACGCUGUACUCCUCCAAGGCCCAGACCAGCGGCCAGUCCGCUCAACUCGUGAGGCUGGGGGACGCAGUGGCGCAGGGAGUCAUCAACAACUCGGUUCUGGGUUACUUUAUCGGGAGAAUCUAUCUCUAUUUGACCAAAGUGGGUCUGUCCAAAGAUAAGGUGCGUUUCCGUCAGCACAUGGACAACGAGAUGGCCCACUAUGCCUGUGACUGCUGGGAUGCUGAGACCAAGACUUCAUAUGGCUGGAUAGAGAUUGUGGGUUGCGCUGACCGCUCUUGCUAUGAUCUGUCAUGCCACUCCAGAGCCACCAAGGUCCCCCUUGUAGCGGAAAAACCCCUGAAAGAACCCAAACUCUUCAAUGUGACCCAAUUCGAGCCCAACAAAGGAGCUGUUGGCAUGGCCUACAAGAAGGAUGCCAAGUUGAUCCGGGACUACCUGGCCAUUUGUGAUGAAUGCUUCAUCACAAACCAGGAGAAGCUGCUAAAUGAGACGGGGGAGUUCACCAUUGAAACAGAGGGCAAGUUUUUCAAACUCACCAAGGUCAUGGUUGGCGUGAAGAGGUUCCAGAAAACCUUGCACGUGGAGGAGAUCAUUCCCAAUGUAAUCGAGCCCUCCUUUGGCAUCGGCAGAAUCAUGUACGGCAUAUUUGAGCACUCGUUCCGUGUCCGUGAUGGGGACAAACAGAGGACGUAUUUCAGCUUCCCUGCCACUGCUUCUCCAUACAAAUGCUCCGUCCUGCCCUUGAGCCAAAAUCAGGAAUUCGCACCUUUCGUCCGGGAGCUUUCUGAGGCGCUGACCAAACGCGGUGUGUCUCACAAGGUGGAUGACUCUUCAGGGUCCAUCGGGAGGCGCUAUGCCAGGACGGAUGAGAUCGGAGUGGCCUUCGGCGUCACCGUUGACUUUGACACGGUGAACAAGACGCCCCACACGGCCACUCUGAGAGAGCGUGACUCCAUGACACAGAUCCGGGCCGAGGUCGCUGAGUUGCCAGGUAUUGUCCGGGACCUGGCAAAUGGCACCUUAACGUGGGCCGAGGUGGAGAGCAAGUAUCCCAUCUUUGGGGGACAGGUCACCGGCAAGAAGGAAUAG